AAAUACUUAUAUAUUCAUUAUCUAUUUUGAUAACUCGUAAUAAAAAAAAUACAUUAAUUAGUCGAUCAUCUUCUAUCCACAAGUGAUAACUUUACGUUGAGGCUAAUAAUUAUAAAUGGCUAUCGUAACUGAAGCUGUGCUAACCAUUUCUUUUGGCGAGGGUCCGCACUGGGACGUGGACGAACAGGUCUUGUACUACUGCAACUUUACAGACAAAACAAUAAACAAAUACAACCCUGCAACUAGACAGAAUAUCAAGGCGGAUAUCGUCCAGUACCCAGAUACGCAUACCUCGUUCCUCAUCCCAAUCGAGGGCAAGAAGCAUCGUUUCCUCGGAGGUAUAAAGCGAGAUAUCGUCGAAAUAGAAUGGAAAGGAGACCUCGAGCAAGCAGUGGUUGUGCGGACGAUCGCUAAAGUUGACCAACACCGACCAGACAAUACCUUGAACGAUGGCAAAGCAGACCCAAGAGGACGAUUGUUUACUGGAACAAUGGGGAAUCCGGAUGAUGGAGAUUAUGAGACCAUGACAUUCCCGCAGCACGGUGCUUUGUUCCGAAUGGACAGCGAUGGUCAGACGCACAGGCUGGAUGAGAGGGUGGCCGGCUCCAAUGGACUCACCUGGGAUGUAAAUGGAACCGCCUUCUACCACGUGGACUCUGUAGACUGCAUCAGAAAAUACGAUUAUGACAUCGAGACGGGAAAUGUAACUAAUUGCCGAAAGUUCUUCGCGCCAAAGGACCACGCGAUUAAGGGACUAUGCGACGGUUUGACCUCAGACUCUGAUGGAAACCUCUGGGUUGCUUUGUACGAUGGAGCGAAGAUAUUAAAAAUUGAUGGCAACACUGGAGAAGUUCUACAAAAAGUGACCAUUCCGAAUAGAGAGGUGACGUCACUAACGUUUGGUGGACCGAACUUGGAUAUUCUGUAUGUGACGUCAGCCAACACGCGCUGCAAAAAGAACGAACCCGAAUGGGGAGCGGCUCUGUACGAGGUUACAGGCCUCGGAGUUAAGGGUCGGCUGCCAAUUAAAGCUAGAAUUGACUCUGAUCCGGUAUCUAGAAGAGCGUUGUCUGUUGAUAGACAUAAAACAUUCCAAAUGGCACCAGUCACAGAAGCAGUGCUGACCAUUUCCUUCGGUGAGGGCCCGCAUUGGGACGACGAUGAAAAAGUUCUGUACUAUAUGAACUUUAUGCAGAGUUCCAUAAACAAAUAUAACCCGAAAACCGGACAAAAAACCACCACUGAAAUCGAACAAUUCCCUGACACAUACACUUCGUUCCUCAUCCCAAUCGAGGACAAGAAACAUCGUUUUGUUGCCACAUUGAGACGCGACAUCGUCGAAAUAGAAUGGAAAGGUGACAACGAGAAAGCGGUGGUCAUAAGGACCAUUGCCAAAGUUGAUCAGGAUAAACCAGAAAAUAUCAUAAAUGAUGGUAAAGCGGAUCCUAGAGGAAGACUGUUUACAGGAACAUUUGGUUAUAAUCCAUCAGGUAAAAAUCUAAAUGAAAUGAUUCUACCGCAAAGAGGUUCUUUAUAUCGAAUAGAUACAAACGGACAGGUGAAAAAGUUGGAUGAAAAUAUCACUAUCUCAAACGGAUUAGCAUGGGAUAAAGACGGAAAGACGUUGUACUAUGUAGACUCAAUGGACGGCAUUAGAAGAUACGAUUACGACAUAGAAACAGGAAAUAUAUCAAACUGUCAAAAAUUAUUCAUACCGAAAGAUCACGGAAUCAAUGGAAUAUGUGACGGCCUGACCAUAGACACGGAUGACAACCUCUGGGUUGCCGUAUAUCAAGGAAGCCUGGUAUUGAAAAUAGACGGAAAAACGGGUGAAAUACUACAAAAAAUCACUAUUCCGAAUAGCGAGGUGACAUCUUUAGCAUUUGGUGGAGAGAACCUGGACAUCCUCUACGUCACAACAGGUAACGGUCGCUGGAAGAAAACUGAGACUGAGUGGGGGGCGGCGCUUUACGAGGUCAAAGGACUAGGGGUGAGGGGAUAUCCCGCCUUUAAAGCAAAAAUCAAUUAAAUAAAAAGUUACAAUAAAUGAUACUUUUUUCUUAUUUAACAACCAGUGGUCAUCCGCGAUUUCGUCAUCGCAGAAUUAAAAAAGGUAGCCUAUUAUCUGCAGUACCUACCUUUCCGUCCAAGUCCUAUCAAAAUCUGUUCAGCCG